AUGAAGAUGUGGGGAGGAUCUGUGAAGGUGGAAGCAAAGUUGUCUGAGUCAGAAGGAGCUCUGUCAGAGGAAGGUCAGAGGGCACAGGCCCAGGAGCAUGCCCGAGAGGCCCUGUCAAGUGGCAGUGAAGAGAUGUUGUCGAGCUAUUUUCUUUGCAGAGAAGUGGGAAUGGCUGCUCAGCCUCUGGGCCAGGUGGCCGUGUAUUUCACCAUGGCGGAGUGGGCUCUGCUGGAUCCAGGCCAAAAAGCUCUCUACAAAGAAGUCAUGCUGGAGAACUAUGAGAGCGUGGCUUCUCUGGCAGCAGAUCUAGAAGAGACAGCUGUGGAAUUCCAGGGGUUCUCUUUGGAAAAAGUCAAGACUCAAAAUGCUGAAGAAAACCAUGGAGAUGGACCACAGAGGCAAGAGGAAAACCACACAGGAGAUAAUCAGAGUAAUGAGGAGGAUGAGGAACCGCAUCAGGUAUUGCCUGAUGAAGUCAAGAAGGAAGAUCUUCAGGUGCAUCAAAGAACACACACAGGGGAGAAGCCUUUUGAAUGCUCAGAGUGUAGGAAGAGAUUCAGUGAUAGUAACAGUCUUCAAAAACAUCUAAGAAUCCAUUCUAGGGAGAAACCUUUUGAAUGCUCAGAGUGUGGGAAGAGUUUCAGUUGGAGUAGCAAUCUUCAUCAGCAUCAAAGAAUGCACACAGGGGAGAAGCCUUUUGAAUGCUCAGAGUGUGGGAAGAGAUUCAUUCAGAGUGGCCAUCUUCAAAGUCAUCUCAGAACGCACACAGGGGAGAAGCCUUUUGAAUGCUCAAAGUGUGGGAAGAGAUUCAAUCAUAGUGGCAGUCUUCAUCAGCAUCAAAGAAUGCACACAGGGGAGAAGCCUUUUCAGUGCUCCGAGUGUGGGAAGAGAUUCAGUCAGAGUGGGACUCUUCAAAGUCAUCUCAGAAUCCACACAGAGAAGCCCUUUGAAUGCUCAGAGUGUGGAAAGAAAUUCAGGCAGAGUGGAGAACUUCAACACCAUCGAAGAACACACAUAGGGGAGAAGCCUUUUGAAUGCUCAGAGUGUGGGAAGAGAUGCAGUCAGAGUAGCAGUCUUCAACGUCAUAUCAGAACCCACACUGGGGUGAAGCCUUUUGAAUGCUCAGUGUGUGGGAAGAGAUUUAGUUGGAACGGCAGUCUUCAAAAACAUCUAAGAAUCCAUUCAGGGGAGAAACCUUUUGAAUGCUCAGAGUGUGGGAAGAGAUUCAGUCGGAGUGGGACUCUUCAAAGUCAUCUCAGAACCCACACAGGGGAGAAGCCUUUUGAAUGCUCA